CUGAGAUUGUUCCCUGAUGCACAUUGUCAAAUGUACAGUAAGUCAUGAAUCCCAGAAGUUGUCCAGAUGUCUUCUUAACUUUGUCACUUCUUUCCCAGGCUUUCUUGUUGGGCCUUAUUCUUCUCCCUCUGCGUGCUGUGGGCAUACUGCUCCUUUUGUUAAUGGCCUGGCCUUUUGCGGUUCUAGCGACAUCCUGGAUCCCUGAAAAAGGCACGGUGCCCCUUCAAGGAUGGAAAAGGAGAGUAUCCAGCACCGCCCUUGUCUUCUUCGGCCGGGCCUUGUUCUUCAUGAUGGGCUUCCAUGUCAAAGUGAAAGGCAAAGUCGCCAGUCCUCAAGAGGCACCAAUCUUAGCAGCAGCCCCACACUCAAGCUUCUUCGACAGCAUCAUUUGUGUCGUGGCGGGCUUGCCCUCUGUGGUAUCCAGGGAAGAAAAUCUCUUGGCACCCAUUCUUGGCAGGCUCCUUGAUGCACUCCAGCCUGUGGUGGUCUCCCGAACUGACCCUGAUUCACGGAGGCAUACUAUCCAUGAAAUAACUAAGCGGGCAACCUCAGGAGAGCAAUGGCCUCAGGUAUUGAUUUUCCCAGAAGGCACAUGUACAAACCGAUCAUGUUUGAUCACUUUUAAACAAGGAGCUUUUAUUCCCGCUGUUCCUGUUCAGCCCGUGCUAGUUCGAUACCCCAACAAGUUGGAUACUGUGACAUGGACCUGGCAGGGAUACAACUUCAAACAGGCAUUAGUACUGACUUUGUGCCAGUUCUUUACCAAAGUUGAAGUGGAGGUAAGAAGAAAAGAAAGGCGGUUGUUCGAUCUGGUGAAACAGAAUAAACUGCAUCCGUUUCUCGCUUACCGGUUUUUCCUCUUCAAGAAGAACUCUACCUUCUUGCAGACAGUUCAGCACGGGCUGAUUCGCUUUGUAACUAGGACUGUGUAAAGCUUCAGGUCCAAAAUUCUGCUCUGUUUCGAUAUCCGCGUGCUAAGCCCCCCGUGGUUUAUGGGAGGGCCUACGGCAAACCUUUUGCCAUAUUUAUACGAAAAGAAAUACUGUGCAGUGUGGUUAAACCACGUUUACCAUUUGGAGCAGUGUUUUUCAAGCUUGGAAAUGUUGGGAGGUGUGGACUUCAACAGCCAGAAUUCCCCAGCCAGCAUGUUGCCAAGUCUAAAAAGACUUUAGAGUAAGUCCUUGGCCUUCCUCCAAAGUUCAAAUGCAUUAGAGGAGGUUUGCAUGGAGCUGAGCUGGCUAGCGUUUGGUCCAAUAUAUUGCGUCUCCUCCAGGUCCUGUAUUUUGGAUGGCCAAAUAUUAAGCAUGCGCAAAUGGAGAAGAUGACUACUUCUGCACACAUCUGGUUUAGCAAGCUCUUUGAUCUCAGCAGGCUAGCUCAGCUGAGAAGAAAACGUGUAUCUGAACUGUAAUUCAACAAAGGUCCUUGGGCAUGCUUUUUAACAGCAAAUGUGUCUCCCUUGGUACCACUCAGACGGUGGCUGAUUUCAUUUUUGAAAAAGGAUAGUUUUGAUUUUUAUGAAAG